CCCCCGCCGCCGCUGAGCCUGGCCCGCCGCCGCGGCCUCCCCCGGCGGCGCCGCCCGCCCCGGGCUGCCGCAGCGCCGCGAUGGAGACGGCGGAGAAGGAGUGCGGAGCCCUCGGCGGCCUCUUCCAAGCCAUCAUCAACGACAUGAAGAGCUCCUACCCCAUAUGGGAGGAUUUCAACUCGAAGGCCACCAAGCUGCACUCCCAGCUGAGGACCACGGUGCUGGCCGCAGUUGCCUUCCUGGAUGCCUUCCAGAAAGUGGCCGACAUGGCCACCAACACCCGAGGUGCCACGAGGGACAUCGGCUCGGCGCUGACCCGCAUGUGCAUGCGGCACCGCAGCAUCGAGGCCAAGCUCCGCCAGUUCACCAAUGCCCUCAUGGAGAGCCUGAUAAACCCUUUGCAGGACAGGAUUGAGGACUGGAAGAAAACUGCCAAUCAGCUGGACAAGGACCAUGCGAAAGAGUACAAGCGAGCACGCCAUGAGAUCAAGAAAAAGUCCUCUGACACCCUCAAGCUCCAGAAAAAGGCUCGCAAAGAGCUACUUGGGAAGGGGGACCUGCAGCCCCAGCUGGACAACGCGCUGCAGGACGUCAAUGACAUGUACCUGCUGCUGGAGGAGACGGAGAAGCAGGCGGUCCGCAAAGCCCUCAUCGAGGAGCGGGGCCGCUUCUGCACCUUCAUCACCUUCCUGCAGCCCGUGGUGAACGGGGAGCUCACCAUGUUGGGGGAGAUCACCCACCUGCAGGGCAUCAUCGAGGACCUGGUGGUGCUCACUGCUGAGCCCCAUAAGUUGCCCCCUGCCAGUGAGCAGGUGAUCAAGGACCUGAAGGGCUCUGACUACAGCUGGUCCUACCAGACGCCCCCAUCCUCACCCAGCAGCUCCAGCUCCCGCAAAUCCAGCAUGUGCAGCAGCGUUAGCAGUGCCAAGGGUGGCAUGGCGUGGCCCGGCGGGGCUCAGACCUGCUCACCCAGUUCCACCUAUCGCUACCGCAGCCUGGCGCAGCCCCCCGCCGCCGCCACCCGCCUCUCCAGCGUCUCCUCCCACGACUCCGGCUUCAUCUCCCAGGACGCCGCUUACUCCAAACCACCUUCCCCCAUGCCCUCGGACAUCACCAGCCAGAAGUCCUCCAGCUCGGCGUCCUCAGAGGCAUCCGAAACCUGCCAGUCAGUUAGCGAGUGCAGCUCCCCCACCUCGGACUGGUCCAAGGCCAGCCCCUAUGACCAGCCGGUGGUGCCCACCCUGCAGCGGCGCAAGGACCGCGUGGAGCACCUGCGGGAGGCCGAGAUGGGCUCUCCUGCCGCGGGGUACCCGGGCGUCGGUGCCGAGGAUGCUCCCAGGCCCCGGAUGUCACCGGCUACAAUUGCUGCCAAGCAGCAUGGGGAGGAGGUGUCCCCUGCCGCCAGCGACCUGGCCAUGGUCUUGACCCGUGGGCUGAGCUUGGAGCACCAGAAGAGCAGCCGGGACUCGCUGCAGUACUCCAGUGGCUACAGCACGCAGACCACCACCCCCUCCUGCUCUGAGGACACCAUUCCUUCCCAAGGCUCCGACUACGACUGUUACUCGGUGAACGGUGACGUGGAGUGUGACCCCCAGAGCGAUUUCGACAAGUCCUCCACCAUCCCACGCAACAGCAACAUCGCCCAGAACUACCGGCGGAUGAUCCAGACCAAGCGUCCCGCCUCCACGGCCGGGCUGCCCAGCGGCACCAACCUCCCGGCCGGCAGCACCCCAGGGGUGGCCACCAUCCGCCGCACGCCCUCCACCAAGCCCUCGGUCCGCCGUACGCUCUCCAACGCCGGCCCCAUCCCCAUCCGGCCCCCCAUCGUCCCCGUGAAGACCCCCACGGUGCCCGACUCCCCUGGCUACGCCGGCCCCACGCGGGUGGGCAGCGAAGAGUGCGUCUUCUAUGCCGAUGACGCUUCUCUGAACCCCCUGGAUUUUGCCAAAGCUUCGCCCAAGCGGCUGAGCCUUCCCAACACCGCCUGGGGUGGCGGUGCCAUGGAGAUCUCUGUCUACCCCGGGGCCGGCCAGCACCUCUCCGCUGAGGAAGAGGAGGACCAACAGCUGGCCGCCAACCGGCACAGUUUGGUGGAGAAGAUUGGGGAGCUGGUGGCCGGCGCCCACGCCCUGGGGGAAGGGCAGUUCCCCUUCCCCACCGCCCUCGUGGGGUCCGGCCCCGGCGAGGAGACCCCCGCGCCGCCCCCCGCGGCCUCCAUGGACCCCCCGGCCGAAGACAUGCUGGUGGCCAUCCGGCGCGGGGUGCGGCUGCGCAGGACCGUCACCAACGACAGGUCGGCCCCGCGGAUAUCGUGAUGCUGCCCCGGCCAGGGGGACGUGCCCGAUGGACCCCGGGGGCACCCGCUGCCCCUCCCCGGGGACCCCCACCCGCCAGCACCCGCUGCCCUGUCCCUCUCUGCUGCCCCUGCUUCCUGCCCCUCUGGCUCCUCCUGCCCUGCCCUCUCCUCACAUCCCUCCUUCUCUUGCUCUCUCUUUGGUCCUUUCUCUUUUUCUCCUUUUCUCCUUUUUCCUAUUUACUGCUUUUUUUCUUUUGCCUUUUUUCUUUUGUUCUUCUAUGUCACUUUUCCUUCUCUUAUUUCCUUCAUUUUUCCAUUUUUCUCCUUUCCCUCUUCUUGUCCUCUUUUUCUUUUCCUUUCUUUUUGACUCUUUUUCUCCUCCCUUCUAUUUUCCUAUUUUCUUCAUUUUCCAUUAUAUUUCUCCUCUUAUUUUCCUCUUCUUGUCCUCUUUUCCAUUUUCUUUCUUUUAACUCCUUUUCUUUUCAUUUCUUUUUAACUCUUUUUCUCCUCCCUUCUAUUUUCCUCUCUUUUUUUUCCCCUUUCUUUUUUUCUCCUCUUUCCCUUUGUUUCUGUUUUCCUGUUCCCCUCUGGCUUUCCCUCGGGCGCAGGCGGGUGGCCCCGGCCGCAGCAGGAGAGGACGGUGCCAGCAGGGCUGUGCCAGCCGUGGAGCACCAGGAGCACCAGGAGUGGGGGGCCCUGGCCCCAUUCCCCCCCAGCUGCCUGCUUGGGGCCAGCACAGCUCAGCCUCAUUCCAGGGGGCAGAAACAACGGGCUGAGGGUGCAAGGGGGGAACAAGAAGUGGGGGACAUGUGAGAGGGUUGGGGGGCUGGGGGUAGAGGCACUGCAACCCCCUCUGUCUUGGGGGGACACCAGGGGCAGGGGCUGAGGAUGCUGAACCUCCACUUUGCCCCCCCUCACAAGGAUCACCUGGGACCCCCCACAAACCCCCCGACCCUCGCUCAGCACCCACAGACCUGUGCAGGGUUUGCUCAGAGGGGGCUCCAGGCACGGGAGGUUUGACUCAGCCCCCCAGGCAAAGCAGCUUCUGCCGGCGGCUGGAGGAAAGCACAACCCCGGCCCCGCUGUACAUAGCCCCCGCCCCGCUGUCUGUCGCAUCGCAGCCCCCCUGCCCUCCCCCUUAGGAAUAACAAUUUAGUUCUGCCCCUUUCCCCUUCUCCUGCCCAGAACCGCUGAGGCCAAGUGACAAAUGUUUGGGUUUGAGGGAGGGGGGGGGGUCUCUUAUUUUGUACAGAAAACAAAAAUUCUUUGGAAAAGAAAAAAAAACUGACCUGUCUUUCGACUGAAGUAACUUUUCUGGUGCUGUUGUUAACUUGGUCCUUAUUCUUUUCUUUUUUUUUAAUUUAUUUUCCCCCUCGUGUUCCCGCCUCUGCCGCCGCUUCCCCUCUCCCCGUCCCUCUGCCACGUUUCUUUCUCUUUCUUUCAUUCCGUCUUUUCUUUUAAUUUUUUUUUUCCUGGUGGUAAUUCCCCUCUUUCCCCCCCUCCCCCGUUUUCCAUAGUCACUGCUACAAGUAACGAAUGCACUGUGAAGAUUCCAGUAUUAAUAAAGGUUGUACUGUAAUUAAUA